AAAAAAGAGGGUACAAUCUACUUUUAAAAUGCCUAAAGUUUUUAGAAUUUGAAUAAAUAAAAUGUUUAGAGUUACUGUUUAAAAUAAUGUCAUACAUAAAUUUAAAUUUUGAAGAACCACGUGUUUAUCUUCUUAGAUUUUAGAAUUUGCGAAAUCAAAAUGCCGAAAGUUACAAAAGCAAUCGCAAAAUUAAAACAUCCUAACAGUAGAAAAACAUUCGCUCUAGCCAAACAGAUGAAAAGGACAGAAAAUCGACAAAAGAAGAAAAAAGAACAUAAUCUCAAAGUUAAUAUAGUUGGUGAGAAAAUUCAAUGGUUUAAAGAUCGUUUAUUACCCGAUGUAGAAGUUUAUACACCUGAACAGACUGAAGAAAUUAUUGAAACAUAUUUAGCACGAUUUGAUGAAGAAUUAGAACAAAUUGUAUUGAAACAUUCUAUAGGUGGUCGAAAAAAUCGUCAACAUGCAAGUCGUGAAGAUAUAAUACGUUUAAAUCAAGAAUGCGAACGUCAAGAAUAUGAAACAUGUGGAAUUGAAAUACCUGAUUUAUUAGAUGCAAGACAAAUGAAAUUAUUAAGAACUUGGAAUGGUGAAUUAAAAUAUUUGCAAAAUUUUAAAUUACGACGUAUUGGAAAACCACAUUUAGAAAAAUUAAAAAGUAAAACUGCUGAUGAAAAUUUAGAAGCAAAUGAGGAAACAAUUGUAAGUAAAACUACUGAUGGAAAUUUAGAAAUAACAAAUAAUGAGGAAAUGAUUGUAGAUACAAAUAAUGAUUAA